AUGACCAGUGUUGCCACUGUUCACAAGGAGGGACUUCCUCCUGCUCCAAUUUACAAUGAUGGAGACUCUGUUGAGGAUGUCAUUGACAGAAUUCCCGUAUAUCAGCAUUUGAGUGACUACGAGGGACUUGUCGAAGUCCCUGGGCCUAAAAAGCCUGGUUACUCUCCGAUCUUUAGGAACCAGGUUGCAAAGGACAACCACUUAACCAUUUAUAGUCCAGAAUUAUCCACUCUUUACUCCAUUUUCAUAAGGUCUUAUUUCCGCAAUCCUGAUAAAAAGUUUUUGGGUUAUCGUGCCUCUACUCAAAGUCCUUUUCAGUAUUUGACAUAUGCAGAAGUUCAUGACUUGUCCCUUGAUUUGGGGGCUGGGAUAAAGUAUCUUCUUGCCGCAGAAAAAUCUCAGAUUGUGACCUUUUACAUGCCAAAUUGCUAUCAAUUUCCGAUCAUCGAUCUUGCAACUCAAGCUCAUUCCUUUGUAAACACCUGUUUGUAUGAUUCAUUGGGUCAGAAUGCAUUUGUUCACAUAUUCGGCUUGACAGACUCUCCAAUUGUUUUCACUCAGAAGAGCAAGGUUGAGAAGAUUGUAACUUUAGAGGUCAAAAGUUUGAAAUUCAUUAUUACUAAUGAAGAAUUGGAUUCAACUAAAGAUUUUGACCUCUUUGAUAAAUGCCAAAAAAAAGGUUACUUGUUAAUGGAUUUGAAGUCACUCGCUGGUCUUGGGAAGAAACAUCAUGUUGGGGUCAGCCUUCCUAAACCAGAUGAUAUUUUCACCAUUUCUUUUACUUCUGGUACUACUGGUAUGCCUAAAGGGGUGAUCAUAACUCACAAAAUGAUCGUUGCUUCUAUUUCUGUUACCACAUUAUUCACAGUAGGAAAGCGGAGUCUUUCAGUUUUCGUGUUUUUACCACUAGCACAUUGUUUCCAAAGACUUGCCAUGUACCUUGAUACUUUAUUGGAAUCAACACUCCAUUUCCCAACUGACCCAACCAAUCCUGCGACUUACUUCGAAGAUAUGAAGGCUUGUAAGCCAGGAUAUUUGUGUGCUGUCCCAAGAAUUUUGACAAAAAUUGAAAUGGCUUUGAAAUCAGUUCUUCAGAAUUCAAAGUUUUUGUCAAAAUGCAUCUAUUACAAAAUUGAGAAAUUAAAGAAGGGUGAAGAUGCAUCUCAUUUUGUGUACGACAAAUUCUUGUGCAAGAAGAUUAGAGCUGCUUUUGGUUUCGAUAAUAUUAAUUACAUUGCCUGUGGGUCUGCGGUUUUGCCAAUUGAAACACAAUAUUUCAUUAGGGCUGCUUUCAAUUUGCCUAUUAUCGAAGGUUAUGGAUUAACUGAAUCAGGAACAGUUGCUACUAUGAACCCCGGCUUCUUGAAAACUUUGGGGUAUGUAGGAUACAUUGGUUUCCAACUUGAUAUGAGAUUUCGCGAUGUUCCGGAAAUGGGUUACUCUUUCGAGAAGAAUAGAAGUGGUGAAUUGUUAAUCAGAGGCCCUUGUAUUAGUCCUGGCUACUGGAAAGCUGAAGCUAAAUGGCAAGAAAAUCUUGACGAUGGGUUUUUCUGCACUGGCGAUAUCUUCAAAAUGCAUCCGGGCAAUUUGCUUAGCGUUAUCGAUAGAGUCAAAAACUUCUUCAAAUUAUCACAAGGGAAAUUCAUUUCAUCUGAAAAGAUUCAGGACUCCUACUUGAAUACUUCCGCUUUAAUUGAGCAUAUGUUUGUCUACGGUGACAGUGCGAGAAAUUUCUUAGUGGCUAUUGCAUCGAUUAAUGUUGCAGAAAUUGGUAACUAUCUUCUCAAACAUGACAUUGCUUUUACUGUUGAUGGUAAGAAGUAUACCGCUGGUGAUUAUAUAGAAUUAAACCAGCAAGUCAUGGCUAACAAGGCUCCUUAUAAAAUCACCAGUAGUUUGCUUAAUUUGCUUAAUGACAAACUGCUUAGAGUAAAGAUUUUAACCGAGCUUAACAAGCCUCUCAUGGGCAAAUUUUUGUCAUAUGAAAUGAUAAAGAAUAUCCACUUCGGUACAAAUUCAUUCAGUAUCGAAGAAGACACAUUGACCCCUACCUUAAAAUUAAAAAGGCAUAAUGCCAAAAGGAAGUAUGAUGAGGAGAUUGAAAUGAUGUACAAAGAAGGUAAUAUUUCUACCGCCAGUGUUAGGCUUUGA